AUGUCUGUCAUCGUCGAGCAAUACAACAAGGAAUGGCCGCAGCAAUUUGAAAAUAUCAAGUCAGAGUUGGAACAUCACCUGCAAGGCGUCGACUACCUCUCGAUCGAGCACGUGGGUAGUACUUCUGUGCCGGGACUUGUCGCUAAACCUAUCAUCGAUGUCGACAUCAUAGUCACUCGCGACAAUGUUCAGCCUGCUAUCGACGCUCUCACCGCGAAUGGAAAGUUCGAUUACCUUGGAGAGCUCGGUAUUGUGGAUCGCCAUGUCUUCAAAGACCCCAACCAGUCCUUGCGCCAUAACAUCUACGUGUGCGUCGACGGUGUCGCACAAACGCGCAACCACCUCAGCUUGCGAGACACGUUACGCUCCAACGAUGAGUUGAGGGACGAGUAUGGGUGUGUGAAGCUCGAACUCGCAGCCAAAGCAAACAACAUCAUCGACUAUAUGAUCGCCAAGGGAAACGUUAUUCAGAAGAUCCUCAAAGCCUCUGGCGCGUUGACCAAGGAAGAACUCACAGCUAUCGCCCGCGCAAACGUGAAAGGCGAGCGCUUCGGCGCCAUCAAAACACCGCGUUUGCUCCUUCGCGAGUUCGUAAUGAAGGACGAGGAAGGUUACUUUCUUCUCGAAGGAAACGAGCAGAAUGCACGUUACCAAUAUUGGCCUCCACGCACACGCCAAGAAGCUCGUCAGCUCGUCCUAGAGAACAUUCGUAACCAUAAUGAUGUACCACGAACCAUAUACGAACUCGCCGUUGAAAAUCUCGACCAGCAGUUCAUCGGCCGCGUGGGCGCCAAAACGUCUCAAGCAAACUCCGACUCCCUCCCAGGAGAGGCUACUAUCAAACCAGUUACCCACGCCAAUCUCUGGUUCUCCUUCCUGCCUUCUAUGCAAGGCCAGGGUUUCGCUACAGAGGCCAUGACGGCUUUCAUCGAUGCCCUGAAGGAUCGACUGCAGGAUCAAGGGAAAUUGGAAAUGGAGAUUGAAUGUGAUCCAAGGAAUGAGGGAAGCUGGAAGUUAGCCGAGAGGCUAGGAUUCGAAAGGCAUAGCUUGACGAAAGAAAAAGAGAUGGUCAAAGGGGAAUGGGUGGAUAGUCUGGUUAUGAGGAAGGUCGUUGGAGACGUGUAA